AGGGUUAUCAGUAGGCCGGAAGUUCUGGUACAAUAUACACUAGUUCCUUCUCCCAAAGAAACCGAAUUGGCUCGUAGAAUACAGAUAGUAUUAUUAAUGUGAUAUGUAUUUUUCGCUGCACUUUUUCCGUCACGCUACACUCCAGUCCGCCGUUUGUGACGCUCAUGCACCACUCAGCUGGUUUGCUAUCCGGCCUAUAAACACCACAGAAGGAGAACGGUCACGAGCCGAAAGUAGUCCCAGCCCAGCCCUCGGCGUUAGCAUUAGCAUUAGCAGCAGCCGCCAUUUUCCAUUCUUACGCCCGUGAACGCUGGCUGCAUCUUUAAAAGGAGUGAAGCGUAAAAAGUCACAAUGGUGAAAAUAUUCGUAGGGAACCUGUCGCCCGAGACCACAUCAGACGAGCUGCGAUCGCUCUUCUCCCAGUACGGCAAAAUCGCCGAGUGCUCCAUUCUGAAGAGUUUCGGCUUCGUGCACAUGGACAGCAAGGCGGAAGCGGAGGAGGCCAUCCGCAACCUCCACCAGUAUCAGCUGAACGGCCAGGCCAUGAACGUGGAGCUGAGCCGCGGCAAGACGAGAGGCUCCACCAAGCUCCACGUCGGCAACAUCGCCUGCACCAACCAGGAGCUGCGGGCCAAGUUCGAAGAGUACGGUGUGGUGGUGGAGUGCGACAUAGUUAAAAACUAUGCCUUUGUUCACAUGGAACGCAUGGAGGAUGCCAUGGAGGCCAUUAAUCAGUUAGACAACACUGCUUUUAAAGGCAAACUGAUGAGCGUGAAGCUUUCGACUAGCCGCCUCCGUACUGCGCCGGGAAUGGGAGACCGAUCGGGUUGUUAUCGUUGCGGGCAGGAAGGCCACUGGUCCAAAGAAUGCCCGCUAGAUCAAAACGGCUACCACAGAAACGGCUCAGAGCCAAACUCUGAUGGAUUCGAUGCCUCGAGAUUUGACGGGCGUGCUCAGAACCGGGCUUAUCAACCGGGCUUCAGCGGCGCGGAAGCGGAAUUUGGCGCCGGCUACGUUCCUGCGCCGGGCGUUUCCCGUGGCGCCGGUCACAGCAGCAAUACGGCGGCGUACAGAGCGGGUCCGGGCUACGAGAAUGCAGCGAGAUUCGGGCCGCAUCCAGGUUACGGUGUGUCCGGCACCGGGGCCGCAUACCAGGGCGACGGCUCGUUCUAUGGCGCGGUACCAGGGUUCCCGGUGCGGCGGUCGCCUUACGAGGAGCGAGAUCCGUACGGAGUUGUGGACUACUACGGGAAGUACAGGGCCAAUAUGUACGGCGCCGGUUUUUACGAGGAACAGCGCGCUGUGCCUACGCCUGCUCCGACAGCGGCCCCCACUACGCCUGUUAUGAGGGAACGCGGGCCGUCGUCUAGCACCGACACAUUUCAGUGCCCCCAGGUCCCUCCUGCGCCGACACCGGCACCGGUUGCCCCAUUCCACACACGUGACCGGAGUCCGAUUCGGCGAGUCCCCGCCGAGGGCGAAGCAUACACGUUUCCGGGUUCGCAGAUCCCCACGGUGGCCAAUUCUACCAAUAAGUACUACCUCUAAGUAUCCGCGGGAUCCCGGCGACGUUUGUCUCACGCAGACGACACGACAGCUGACUCGUGGCCGAGCUUAACCAUUUAGCAAGUCGUCAUUAGAAUUACCGAAUGGGAAAUCCAGUUGGUCAUGUGUCAAAACAAAACAAAAAAUAUAUAUAUCCCAUUCAGCAGUGGCUAUCAACUUUGAUAGACAGAAAGUCGGUGUGACUACGUUCACACACCACUCCAUUUGAAAGUAGCACCAUUGGAUCCAGUCAGUGUAAUAUAAAUUAGUGCAUGCUGCAUGUAUUUUUUUUUUAUUUCUUUUGGGCGAGUCAUGAACAUGUUUUUUUUUUUUUUUUUUGCUUUUUAGUGUAGUUGUGAGACUAACAGUGUAGCGACGUAUGAGGCAAUGGUGUAACAUGUAAAUACUAUGCUUAAAUUGCCUACAAUUUGCUUUAGACUUAGAUGUCGCAUCUAAAUGGGGUUAACUGUUCUAGUUGGAUUGCCUCCUUUUUUUUCCGUACAGUUUAAUAGUAAUGUCUUUGGGUUAUCGUAAAAAUUUGUGAUAUUGCUGUAAAUCCUCCCCACCCUCAAUAUUUUUUCCCCCCUCAAAAUUUGAUUUCAUAUUGACCUUUUGAUGUCUUUGUUGCCUCCAAAAUAAAUGGUUGAAGUCAACUUUUGGUUGUUUCAAUACAAUGUUUCGAAGUGAGUGGUGAGACGAAUGCCAACUAUAUCACUCCGCUGUUCAUAGCUUGAAUGCACAUGUACCGUAAAUUUUGUUUGCCAUUCAUUAUUAGUAGACAACAUUAGACUUGGAUAACAGGUGCUCGAUUUUCUUCGGCUCUCAAUGGUCACCGGUCAAUCACGGCAAAGAAAAGCACUCGUUCACACCGAUGGACAAUUUAGUCGACAAUGAAAUUAACAUGUUUCGGGGAAUAUGAGAGGAGGCCAAUAUUUGAACCGUUUAGAGCUGUGAUCUAGUUGCCACUAUCAUGUGGGAAAACUAGUGAUGAGCAAAUGCAGCUUUUGUGAAAUACUUGGGCUAAUUGUUUUGAAAAUGGCUAAGUCAUUCCAUGAAGCUUUAGCAACAGUGACUUCAGCUGGCGAAAAGGUUUUAAAACAUCUUUGCUUUGAAUUAUUAUAAUAUUUUUGUUUUUGAUGCACACACACACACACACACACACACACACACACACACACACACACACUAUGACUAAAUAUAGAAAACCUGUCAUUUCUUUGUGUCCAGUUCUGAAGGAAGAUCAUUUGCAGGGUGUUGGUAAGCAAUUUUUGCCCACAAAUCUGUACAUAAAGAAAUGUACAUGACACAAAUGACUUCUUGGAGACAAAAAGAGAGGAACAAUUAAUUAAAUGCAGUUAAUUCUUUCUAGUUGUAUUAAGUUAAUGUUCGUGUUAACGUAAGGGGAAUUUUGAGAAAAUAGGUAAAAGAUAAAAUCAUAUGAACGUUUGAACACAACGGUCCUUGAUAGAAUUUUUAAAAAUUAGAGGUUCAUGGAGCAAAAGCAGUAUUCAAUACAGGUCUAUGAGACGCUAACGUGCUUGGCCAUUCCUGUGCAGCAGGGGGCGAUAGUAAAAGCACAAAGAAGAAAAGUCGCGAGCAGGCUCCUCAUUUGAAGCAAGAAAAAGAGUGACGCUGGAUUAACGGGUUAUUUUACUCCAACAUUUCUUGAAGGAAACGUUUCGCUAGUUUUCGAUGAGGCCAGAGGUCGUGCGUGAGUUGUUUGUAUCAACGUUGGUGUACGUAUCGCUGCAAGGCUUUCCAUGGCGAUAAAAGCGAAUGUUAAAAAUAUCUUGAAUCGCGAGCGAUGACGUCACUACGUUUUUUCAGGUUUACAAAGUUCAAAGUUUAUAUUUUACUCUAUGGACGUGUAUCUGUCAUUUGCAGAGGUGGCAAAAGUACUCCACUUAUGUAGAACUAUAUCCACUUUUUUGGGGGGGAGGGGAGAUUUGUACUUGAGUACAAGAGAAAAAUUGAUAUAUUAUUUUUCAACUACCAGUUAAAUUCAAUAGCCGUUUUGGUAACUUGGCACAACGAGCAAGACAAAAUAAAACUCCUAAAUGAUGACAGGAUAAUCAGGACACAACUGACAUCUCCACCUGCUCAAUAUAACAAAAAUGCGAAAGGAAAUGAUCCAUGUCUACAAUGAAAUUUUAAAAAAAUAAGUGGAACGCUGAAAGAAAAGACCUGGUAUCGUCAAGCUUUAAAAUAUUCCAGAAAGGGAGAAACAUUCCAUGAACAGAAGGACUUUAAAAAAAAAAAAAAAAAAACACAUAACACAAUACAUUUGAAAUCAUUUUUUUAAGACCAUUUUGUCUGGGCUCUUUU